AUGCCUGAACCAUCUUAUGAGCAAACACCGUUUAGGCAGGACAAUCGGCCUACCUUAAUGGGGACGCCGCCUAUAUCACAACAAGCGUUUCCCUUGGUGGAAACUGCCGGGAGUUCAUCAUCUCCGCUUGACUGGCUGUCUACCCAUUACCUCCCCAACUCAUCGAGAAUCGCGAUUCUAGUCGAAGAGUAUUUUGACAACGUCCACCCUCUGCGCGCCUUUGCCUUUAUGCACAAACCUUCUUUCCUGCAACGAUUGGAUGGAGAACUUUCAAAAAAUCCCCACAAUAGUGCUCUUUUACAUGUGAUAUGUGCAUUGGGAGCCCAGUUUCAUGCUCUGUCAUACAGCGUGACUACAGCUCCACUUGAGCCCAAAUUUGUCCUUCUGGCAGGCACACAAUGGGCUAAAGUUGCCCAACGACUCAUUCUUGAGACCAUAGAUCGUGUAACCAUUGAAAGUCUAAUGGCGGCUGUUCUGCUUCAUGAUUAUGCCGUUCGAUUGGGGAACUUUGCAAACGCUUUCAUGUUGAGUGGACUUACCACGCGCAUGACCCAGGCACUACAGAUCAAUCUCGAAUACAACACCGACAUCCUCUGCCAGGAUACCGACAACGGCCUCCCAGUCACAGCAAAGGAGUCUCGUCGGCGGUUGAUGUGGAGCUGCUAUAUAAUGGAUGCGCUUGUUGGCAGUGGGGUAGACCAGCUGAUGCUGAUGGACGAAAGAGACAUCAAGAUUCAACUCCCAUGCAACGAGCGCAACUUCACUCAGCAAGUUCCCUGCCUAACAGAAACUUUAUAUCCUGGAAGUUGGCUCAAAAUCCUACCGGAAGAUAUAGAUACAAAGACUCUGUUGCCUAACAUGGGCAUAAUGGCAUAUUUCAUUCGACAGAUCUCAAUCCGCAAAAGGGUUCUAAGAUAUAUCAAGCAUUUGGGAGACGCUAUGGUUCCGUGGCACCCUGCGUCAGAAUUUGCUCAUUUAGAUUCAGAUUGCCGGGCGUGGUAUGACUCUUUACCAGCAAGUCUACAGUUUACACCAGAUGCAAUAUACAUUCGCAAAGACACUUCGCAGUUAGGCGCCCUGUGUUUGCUCCAUUGCACGCAUUAUCAAACCAUCUGUGACCUCUAUCGAUUAGGGGCCCCUGCGCUUUACAAACUCCGAGCCGCUUUCGACUUCCCUCCUGAACAGGGGGAAUUCCUUCGGCAUCUGCAACAAGUUCUCUUCGAUUCAGCUCGGGCUUUGGCAACUAUCAUUGGUCAAACAGCUGCGCAUGGUCCUCAAAUGUUGGCAGACUCCUGGCUUCCCACCAUCGCGUAUGACAGCAGCCGAAUCAUGGUAUAUCAUUUGACUCACAUCCUAGAUCCGCGUUCAGAGAAUGCACAAGCUCUGGUAUUGGCUGCAAUUCCCCUGCUGCGCAGUAAUAUCAACGCGCUAAAGUUAAUGGGAUCUCUCAAUGCAAUCGCCAGUUCACUUUCCUCCGCAGCAGAAACUAUGCUUGCUCGUUCCGGUAUUGAGUCUGAGGUGGUCACCCGAAACAUCAUACCCGAUGACCCGUAUCAGUCAGCCGAGGAGGAAGACACGAGUGACGACCAUAGACAACCUCCAGUUCAAAGUGCGCCGGAUUACGUCCUUAAUCCGCUCACUAUUUUCCGAAUGGCACGCAAAUCUAUACCAGAGCGGCAUGCCCCCGAGAAGGCGGGCAACACAUCCGCAUCUAAUAGUGUGCUCCCCGAAAGUGGUGUCGAUAUCGAUCAUUCCCCUUGCGAAAUUGUUAGUGAUACCGAGGCGGAAAACGGUCCGGCUGAGUUAGAAGUUGAGCAGCCCAGUCUUGAGGAGCUACAAAGCUUAUUCAUGUCUGAUCUUGGGUGGGCAUGGCAGCCCGCAGACACGGCAGUUGGAUCGGGAACUGAGGGAGGUGGCCUAUUGCCAUGGGCAGGUGGAUAUCCAACCACUCAGCCACAACCCUGGUUGCCUGUGUUUCCAUUUCCCCAGCAAAGUUGA